AUGAUUAACGCCGUGCUUGUAUUUAACAACAAUGGCCAGCCACGGCUGACCAAGUUCUACACACAGCUGGACACUCAAACACAACAGUCCCUCAUCGCGCAGAUCUACCAGCUUGUUGCACAGAGACCAGCAAGCGCAUGUAACUUCCUUCCUUUGCCUCCGCUCCUUUCGCAAGGCGCCAGCUCCGGUGCCUCUGGACCCUCCGAUGCGCCUACGCAGAUCACCUACCGCACCUACGCUACCUUGUCAUUCAUCAUGAUCUCUACAUCCAUGGAAUCGCCGCUUGCCUUGAUCGACUUGAUCCAGGUCUUCGUGGAGUCAUUGGAUCGUAUGUUUGAGAAUGUGUGCGAACUCGACCUUAUCUUCGGCUACGAGACGAUGCAUGCUGUCCUGAGCGAGAUGAUUGUCGGAGGUGUUGUGGUUGAAACAAACACCGAGAGGAUUGUCGCUGGUGUGCGCAAUCAAGAGGGUUCUGCCGGAAAGAGGAAGGCUGUUCAAGCGGCCAGUACUAGUCUGGGACGAGGUGCGCUUCCGAGUCUUGGAGCUUGGCGGUGA